AAUCAUCUAGUUCAUCAUCAUCAUCACUAUGGCCAUCACCACUUUCGUUAGUACUGUUGCUACUGCUGCUAUUAACGGCUUCCCUUCCUCCUGUUAAAAACAACAAUAACAAAAUAGAAGUGUGGUGUAUUAUUUGCACUGCCAUGCUCCUACAGAUCAUGUACGCUGCUCUUCUCCAGUUUAAUAGCAUGUCGGCCGACCGAAAGAAUUUUAAGCAAAAGAUAUCAUGCUGAUAUUCACUUGGUUUCACCUCACGUUCAGAUCUUUUUUGUUUUUAUAACUCUCACUCCCUCACACACACACACACACACACACAUACCGUAUAUUUGGUAGUGUACCGAACUGCUAUCCCCUUCUCUAUGUCUCUUUCUCUCUUUCAGUCUAUUUUUAUGCAUAUGUGAGUGUUGUCUCUGAUUCUAUCUAUUCACCCUCUCACCCUGUGAAUUUGUGUGUGUGUAUAUAUAUAUAUAUAUAUAUACAUAUAAUAUUAUGUACACGCAGUAUAUAUAUUUGUAGAAUGUGUCGUUCUCGUUUUCAACUCUGUUACAUUUCAACGAAGUAAACCGGUCUUUCUUUAUUUGUCUCUCUCUGUUUUCUCUGGUUCUGUGUGACUUCAUUAUAUCUCGUGACGCUUUUCACUAAACUCCGCGCCGAGAAGUGGGAGGAUAGAGAGAGACAGAAGGAAAUAGAUAUUAAAGGACAGAUAUAUACACCAAACACACAUGUUAUCUCUUGUCUUUCUCUUAUUCCUUCAUUCAGUGACAGAAUACAGAAACAAGCCAAUACUCUUCCAUUCAGAGACACGCUCCUUUUAUCACGUUCAACCAUAGGCAGUCAGAAAGAGAGACGGACAAGCAACACAUACCGCAUGUAAUAAUAAUAAUAGUAAUAAUAAUAAUAAAUUAUUAUUAUAACAAGAAAUCAUGUCGGUAAUAAAAUCGGGAUUCCCCUCUUCGUGUAUCACACCAACUUAAUUUUUCAAGGCGACGAGCUGUUCUGUUGGUUUGCAUCACUUUCACUCUCUCCCCAUAUGUCACCUACUUCUUUAAUUUCUUGACAUAUGUCCCCAUCAUAAUGCCGUUACAUGGAUUUCCUCUCCUUCGUCUAAAAAGAAAACCAAUUCGAAAUCUCUACAAUUAAAAGCCUCAAUAAUCCCAUCAGAGAUUGGUCGAGCCUUUUAUUUCUGGAUUAAAAUUAAUUUCGCGCUAAUCUCCAAAGAUCGGCGUUCUCUCAAAAGUAAAAACCUCUCUACAAUAUUAAAGAAAAAACUCGAUGGAUAAAUAAACAAAAAACCCAUUAAAAAGGAUCAUCAGGCAAGGUUCAUUUUUUUUUUUACUAGAUUAGUGGCACCGUUUUCUACUGGGAACUACCGUAACAGCAUGGACACUCAUGAAGCUCUAAAAGGGUUAGUGCGUUUGAUGAAUUCUUACUAAUUUCUGCUUUCUUCCGUUAUUUCUUCCUUUCUAUCUUUUCCGCAAAGCGAUUUUCAGGUUUCCAAUAUUUGAUACCACCGAUGUAGCUAACCUGAGCUGAACCCCCUCAAGGGAGAAACUUGUAGUCCAUGCUGAAAGAGAUAGUCCCAGAUUAUGCGACGCAUUUCCUUUGAAGGAUUGAACUAAUCAACACGGCUGUAAUUCCUUACAGUUUUCACACAUAAAACUGAUCCUACAUUGACUGAAACCUUUAUUUUAUUAUUUUCUGAGGGUUCUUGGCAUCAUUUAAUAUAUUUUUUGCUAUCCUUUAAAUCUGUUUCGUCUCGUGGUCUCCGAAUCAAACCAGGUACUUGUCUCUGGUGCCACCGUUCACCACAUACGUAUAUAUAUAUAUAUAUAUAUAUAUAUAUAUAUAUAUAUAUAUAUACAUACACACGCACGCAACCCUACCAAAAAAAAAAAAUUGGUAAUAUCUUAAGGAUCCGCUGUUAUUUAAACUAUCUAGAACAAGAAGUCACUUUGGGACCAGAUACAGGCAUGGAAUAUGUUUUCUCAAAUUCGGGUCUGAUGGAAUUUGUGGCAUAUUUUCUACAGCUGGAUAUCCUUCCUGCCACCUUUUCUAGUUUCAAGCAAGGGUUGAUAGAACAAAGUCCAGGAUGGUGGGUUGUCUAAAUUAUCGGAAGCAUUGAACAAACUGUGUUUUGGCGGUUAUUCUGGCUCUUUUACAUUCUGAAUUAAAAUCUCACUGAGGUAGAAUGAUGUACUGUUGUGCUGAGAGGCACUAAGGAAUGGAAUGCCUGUUCUAACAAUGAGUCGAGUACCAGUUAUAAAAUCCAAGUCCAUUGGCAGCAAACAUAGCCAACUCAUUGAUGAAGAGGAAAAUCUAUGUGGUAUAGAAUUAAAUGGAUUGUACAAGAAAAUCACCAAGAAAAUCUCAAGAUUCUCAAAGAAAGCCAGGAAGCGUUUACAAAAAUGGCGUGGAACAACAGCUUUUGUAGUUUCUUGGAUCCUCAUCUAUAUUAUAAUUCAGACUUGUAAACUGUUAUCCUCAACUGAUUAUUUGGUGUGCCUGGCGAAGCUAAAUCGAACGUUAAUCCGCCCUCAUAAUGUCCACAGUUGGCAGUCUAUCCACGACCGACGGAGAGAUGUACUGUUGUAUUCGGCUCACUACCGGCCCCUGGGAGACAGUCGUGCUGUUCACAUCCUGGCUGUUGGCACAGGAAUUCCUCAGGAACUUAUUUGUCUUCUUUGGUAUGCUGACUCUUUCUUUCCAGAUGUGAUAAAAGCAACCACUUUGAACCAUGAUGUUGAUGAAGUAAAGAAAGGGCGAAUAGUUGAGCAGUUUUUCUUCACUUGUGCAUGUAACUCAACCCAACCACCAAUUUAUGUGUCCUUGACGGGUCCACGAUGUUCAGUGCCGACAACUUUCCUUCAGGUACAGGUGCCACAAAAAGAGGAACCUGUGAAAGAGUUUGGUAUCUGCAUGUCGAGUACGAAUGUCAAUGUCCAUCCAUAUCACAUCAUAGAAUGGAUGGAAGCUCAUCAGAUGUUUGGCAUCGACGAGAUAACACUGUAUUAUCACACUUUUUCCAGCAACAUGUCACGGGUGUUAAACCAGUAUCAGAAAGAUGGCUUUGUUAGGCUUAAUUAUGUGUCAGUUCCCAGACGAUAUGGAUUCUGGUCAGACUUUAAAAUCAUAUCUUCUUUAUCGCUCAAUGACUGUAUGUGGAAAAAUAUGUAUCGAUAUCACUACAUUUUCAUUCUGUUAAACUUUGAUGAGAUUGUCAUACCACGUAUACACAACAACUAUAGCGCGUUACUCGACUAUGUCGAUCGAACUGAAGGGCUUGUGGUGCCAGCCACAUCAUACCUUUUCCAAAAUACUGUUUUCAAUCUUUGCGCUGCUGAUACAAAAGAUCCUGCAUUUUCAAACUUUCUCCGCUACUUGAAGCGAGAUCCUCCUAGUGAAGAAAUGCGAGAUUUCCGUUCUCUCGUCAAUCCCAGAUACUGUCUUUCAUUGUUUACGCAUUAUUGUCAUUCAUUUGUCUCGGUGGAAGCAAUGCCAUGGACAGUGAAAGUCCAUCAGCACGUUGCUCUCACGCAUCACUAUCAUAAUGUCAACAAAAAAAAAGUCAACUGUGAUAACAUGAAGAAGAAUUUGGCUGUGGACAGAACGGUGGAUCGCUUCCGCAAACCUCUUAGUAAACGGUGUGAAAAUCGAAUAAUGCAGCACAAGCUUUAAUAACUAAUUGAUCUUCCCACCUCAUAAAUGCCAUCAGAUAACAGAUCAAAACAAAUGAUCAACACUUAGUUCUGUAAGCAAAUUAGAGGGUGGUCAGUUGGCAGAGAUGGUAGAGUGUUGGACAAAUGUUAUUGCAACAUUUAAGUUUCCUUUCCCUACGUUCUCAGCUCAAAUAUUGAUGAAGGUCAACUUUGCCUUUUGUCUCUUCACUGGGGUUUAGGGAUUGAUAAAAUAAAUACCCAAUAUAAAUUAUGUUUGGGUCAGCACAGUCAAAUAUACUACCCAACUGUUGUUCAACAUAAAACAUUGGCCCUUGUGCUUAAAUAAGAACUGCAUUAAGAGGUUGUGUCAUGAACUCUGGUGUCUGUCUGUCUGUCUUUCUGUCAGCAAGGUUUUGUCUUCACUUUAUCCCAUUGAUAGAAAUAACCAGGAAGUUUGAACCAAAUAUUUAUACUGCAGUUAUAAAUAUCAAGAUUGGUCACUGAAGGAGCUUCUAGGUGAUCAUUUGGCUCACUAGAAGAAAUAAACUCAGACUACAACAAUGCCCAAAUAGUCUUAAGAAUUGCUAUGAUCUAGUGACACGUUAUUUAAAGUAGUCCUAGAUAUUCAGUUUUGUGAGGCUGGGAUACUCUUUUAUCAGAGAAACAUCUCUGCUUAAUCAGGGCUAACAACAACAAUGGGAGAGAGAGAGAGAGAGACAGCAAAACUGAGACAUCAUAUGACGCAAUUUUGGCAGAAAUAAAUACAGUCAUAAAAAAAAAUAUUGACAUUUUGUUUAUUCUGAAUUAUCAGAAUUUUAUAUUCCAAGGAAAAGAUUUUCAUUUAUCUUUUUCUGAUCAUUAUUACUGCUUCCAUCAUCACCAUCAUCAUCAUCAUCAUCAUCACCGUCAUGGUGGCAGAGAGUAUUGUGAUCUUAAUUAUGUUCUGUGCCACCAAGGUCAACUUUGCUCCUCCUUUCAUCCUUCCGGUGUCAAAAAAAAAAAAAAAAGUACCUGUGAAAGG